AUGCCUUCAGUCAAUCUGGAUUGUUCUGCGUCGUCAAUAGGGCCCCAAGGAAAUGACCAUCCCGAGGUUCCGAUUAUUGAUGAUAACGAACCGUUAGUUGACGUGGUCCGAAAGCUAUCUAAGUAUUUUGCGCUCUCACUACAUUGUUUGGAAAAUGGCCCUGACAUGCUCUUGUCUAGUUAUUUGACAUUGACUAUAUCUGAUGUCUCAUAUACCUUUGAACAAAUCGGGUCUACUUCUCACGGCUAUAGUCUCAGGUUGCUAAUCCAUUCUUUAGUGGAAAGCUCACAUAACACUUAUAUAGUCCCUGCAUUAAUGAUACUGAAGUGGCAAUUUGAUAAUGCUGCUGAUUAUGAUUGGGGCGUAAGUGAAAGUCGAGGAUACGCUUGUGAAUAUGUCGCCUGGCAAAUUGUCUGUCAUCUUAAUCAGCGGGAAACUCUUGAAUACCUGCUUGAGGAACUCACAUGGCCCACACAGAAGGCCAUCAACCUUCCUCAAGCGGAAAUUGGUGCUUCUGGGUAUGCCUCUGCUGCUACUACUGAUCGCAGGACAUUAGAAGAGGAUGAGAGGGCGCCAUUGUUGCUGGGCUCGUCCUCAUCUUUGUAUCGUUUCUUUGGCGGCACCAGGCGUCUAGGUAGCUCACUUGAGGGUGACAAUCGAGGAUCCCACGACUUCACACAUGAUGCGUAUGAACUGGAGAAGUUCUCUCUGUUUUUUGGACUUAAUGCCCUAGAGAUUGCAACUAUUGCCCACGCAAAGAAAUUUCUCAGCCAAAAAGUGGUACAGAGAGUCAUUGACCAUAUCUGGAAAGGAGAAAUUGUUUUCUGGGAUACCCUGAGCGUGCACUCGACAAAGAAGCCACACUUCUUCAAUAAAAGGACAGCGGAUCCUUAUUCUCGGUUACGGGUUCCAGUAUAUCGCAAAGCGUUUGAAGCGGCUUUCUUUGUCUCUUUCUUAAUCCUAUACUAUGCGGUCUUAGUUGAACGAAAGCCGACGGGUAUAGGAAUCUUUGAAACACUGAUGUAUUUCUGGAUCGCUGCCUUCGCUUAUGAUGAAAACCUCAUCCCUCUGCUUUGUAUCCGCCCGUUGAGGCUCUUUCUGCCUGCGGAGCAUAUCCGCCGGGUGCGCAUCGUUUUGCUCAGAGCAACACACCUUCCCUUUGUUGCACUCAUCUGGGCCUAUGAAUCUAGUCGCCAUUAUGUCUCGCGGAGAAAUAGUCAAUGGCCCCCGAUAGCCACAGCACGGGGAAGUAGUCGCCCCGUGUCAUCGAUUCAGACUGGGUUGGCUUUCUCCACAGCUGAUGCUCGUUCUUUAAGUUCCGGUAGGGCCAGAAAACAACCUAACCCAGAGCAGUAUAUUGGGGUGCGUGGACGAGACGCGGGCCCGGCCGGGAGUGUUGACCUCGCAGAUAUGAUCGACGAGGUGGAACGGUUGCGCACUCAAGUGGAGCGAGUGGCAGCCACAGUGGCCUUUCACCACCGAGUUCAAUAA